AAUUAGCACUUCCUGUUUUUGAUAAUCAAAAGCAAACUGUUGAGUUUGAAGGAAUUUAAUGUAUUUUCUGUUAAAAUGAUUACUAUGGCAGCAUUUGGUUGUCUCGAAUAUACUUCAAAUGGUCUUUCUGAUGAAGGGUAAAAUUGCAAAAAAUGACCUGAAGGUUUAGAAAUGGAGCAACGUAGGCAAAAAUCUCAAACCUUGCCACCAGGUGUUUCCCCAGGGAAAGCAUCACCUGCCUCAAAUGGUGGUCUGUUCAGAAGACUGAGGCGCAGGUUUAGGUUACGGAGUAAAGGAUAUGAGUUUGGAAUACCAGAAGAUGAUAGUGUACAAGGGGUCUCUUUUAGGCGUAGGAGUGAUGAAUAUUCUUCAAAAUCGGAGCGGGAUAAACAAAAUGAAAUUGCAAGAACUCAAUCAGAAAGGCUUGCCCAGAAACCUAUUAUCACCGUUUUGAACCAGGGAAAUAAGAAAAAGAGAAAUAAGACAGAUGUUUCGAUGGUAAAUGGAAAUGGAAAUGGGAUAUUUGAAUUUGAUAAAUCAAUGAACCGCAGCUUUGAGGAAGAUAACACUGUGGAAAACGAUUUUUUAGUUGCAGACGACGAAGCUAUCGAUUUGGAUAACACUAUCAUGGAAAAGGAUGAGAUAUUUAUAGAACCUGAUCCAGGCUACGAAACACUAGACGAAGUUCGUCGGAAAAUGAAACUCCACCAAAUGGCUGAAAGUAUGGUUGUUAGGUCUACAAAUAACUCUAUUCAGGAGAAUUUCGAAAGAGAAAGUAAUCUUAGGGUCAGUCAGCAUCGUAGAACUCAGUCAUCUGGAACCGCAGACAAUUGUUUUCGGUCAAAUGAUCUGAUAGGACUUGAUCCAAACAGAGACAGCGGAAUAGCAAGUCCAUGGAUAGAUGUAAGUCCAGACAGUCUUCAAGCAUCUUCUUGUGUGAGUGAUAUCAAUCUGACAGGGUCAAUGUCAAGGUCACAGAGACCCUAUACAAUCUGUGGAAAUUCUCCAAAUUUAACUAGAAUAGGAAGUUGUCCUAUUAAAAAUGAAAACAUGAAUAUGCAUGAGGAAGGCAUGUCACAUGAUAAUCAUGGAAUUUGUAAUUCUGAUACUUGUUUGUGUAAGUAUAGUGGCACAGGCGAUCUCUACGCAAACCCAAAAAUUUUAUUUCGUAAAAGAUCUCAAAAAAAGGAGACAUCACAGACGUUGUCUAUAUCAGAUAAACAGAGUUUUGAAAAUAACAUGGAUAUUCCGAACAAAACAAUGUCUCCUGAGGAAGGACCACCUCUUCCUGCAAGGAAAUAUAGCAUGUAUGAUGAUCUGAAAACUCCAGACUCUUUAAAGAGCUACAGUGACGAAAUUCAAAGUCCUGAAAAUGUUUUAAUGGCAAAAUUAGAUACUGCUGAUCGUAACUUGAAUGACAUUGAAUUAACUAGAGAAAACAAAGAUAUUCAAAAUCAAGGUUUUAAGCAUGUUAACGUUGAUAAAAUAAAAAACUGUAUCGAAGACAGUGCUAUAUCAUUAACAGAUAAUGCAGGAGAAGAUUGUCAUUGUAGCCAUAGUAACAUUAAUGAAGAAAACAAAAAAUUAAAAUCUGAUACAAAUGGCUUCAGUGAGUAUGAUUCAGUUACUGAAAGUGAAAGUAGUGAAAAUGCUGACUCAUCGAAAUGUGAAAAUGAAAGUACAUCUUGCAUAUCAGAUACAUGUGGUAGUCUGUCCGUUUCUAUCAGUUCAAGUGAUACGGUCAAAUGUAUUGUUCUUGAUUCGCCAUUAUCAACAGAAGGGGAGAGCAUUCCGGAGGAAUUAGAAAUCUUACACAUAUCUGAGGAAGAUGAGGGAUACGCAGAGGUCAAGGACGUAGAGAUGAUUAAAAGAAAGGAAAGGGAAGUUAGAUUAGGCUGGAUAUCGGAGGGAUUAGAAAAUACAUAUACGGAUUGUGGUAAAAUGUCGAAAUAUAGUGCUAGUGUAGUGAAUGAAAAGGUUAAUAGUUCUUUUAACACCUAUAGCUAUAAUGUGGAUAAUACAGGAGAUAGUGCUAAAAUGAUUGAUUAUGCAAAAGACAAUCAAUCAGGACAAAAUUCGGUGUCCAAUCGUGAAAAAUUUGAAAUACCGGUAGAGUUUGAGAGCUAUGCGUCAGUGAGGAGCGACCUAUGUUGUGAAGACAGUUUGUUGAAGAAUGAAAGCAUUUCAUUACAUAGUGAAGGCAUGAUCGAAGGGGCAACAGGUCAUGUAAGCACAGAUGUCCGUCAAAAAGUGAAUUUAGAUUUUGAAAGUGAUUUUUAUGAUAAAUGUGAGAAUGUAGGUAAUCCAAAAAAGAAUUUUGUUCCAACUCCAGAAACUUCACAAACACAGUAUUUUAGUGAUUCACGAUUUGAAUAUAGGGCAUUUGGUAAUCAUCAUAGGAAAAGUUCUACGCUAGAUUCUGUCAGUUCAUUCGCAGAAAGUGACGAUAAUUCUAGUAUUCGCUCGACUGAGGUUCUCAGUGAUAUUCAUGUGAUGUCAUAUGAAGAUGAUGCUGAUGCAAUUUUAGAAAGCCUGGCGAGUAGACGGAGUUCCUUUGCUGAUGAUUUGGAUAGCGAUUCAAAUGGAGUGAACGAAGGAGCAUGUGCAGAGGCAAGUUCAGAAGUUCAUGAUCAGGGUUCACAAAAUCAAAUGUCAAAUCUCCAAAGACUUCCUGACUUUUAUUACGACGAUUCAGAACCCAUUCACAUGACAAUAGCUGAAUUGUAUAACCAAAAAAAUGAUUCUGAUGUUACUAACACUACAGAGGGGACAGAAAGAGAUCAGAAUGGUAAUGUUGACUCUGUUGGUCCAUCAGGCCCACCAGUAUUGAGACAAAGGUCUGUAGACAUUGAUAGUAGACCACCAGCAGUUGUUCCAAGAUUACACAAAGAAUUAGGAUACAGGCAAGAUUUUAUGGAAAGUAUGCAACAGUUGAAAGAUUGUGGCUGGUACUGGGGUCCGUUAAGCUGGGAAGAGGCUGAGAUUAAGCUGAUAGACAAACCCGAUGGAUCUUUCUUAGUGCGCGACAGCUCUGAUGACAGAUAUAUCCUGAGUUUGUCCUUCAACAUGCAAGGUCGUGUACACCACACGAGAAUUGAACAUCACAAAGGAAAAUUCAGCUUUUGGUCACAACCAGACACACAUGGGAAGUCAACCAUUAAACAAUUCAUAGAACAAUGUGUCCAGAAUUCUAGAAAUGGACAGUUUCUUUAUUUUGUACGGCCCUCCGGGCCAGGAGCACCUCCAAUGCCAGUUCAUCUUCUCCACCCAGUAUCAAGAUUCAAACAGAUGCAGUCGUUGCAGCACACUUGCCGAUUUAAGAUUCUACAAAUUGUUCGUCGAGAUCAUAUUGACUCCUUGCCAAUUCCUACCAGUAUAAAGAAUUACCUGAAAGAAGCUCAGUACUACGUAGAGUUUCUUGAGGAAUAGAUUAUCAACAAGCCAAUAAUUUUUUUGUCUCCUGUAGAUUCAAUAUUAUUCGUGGGAUACCAAUUUUUUGUGGAUUUCAUGUGUAUAAGAAAACCACAAAAUUAAAUGUUCCACAAAGUAUACAUGUUCUAUAAGCAUGUAUGAAGGCUUUGUCAAAACCACGAAAUCAAAUAUCAUGAAAACAUAAUUUUACCUCAAUACUGUGGAUUCAUUAUUAUUCGUUGGAUACCAAUUUCUGUGGAUUUUGUGGGUACAGGUGAACCAUGAAAUUAAGUGUUCCACGAAUUACAAAUUUUCUAUAAGGUUAUAUGCAGUCUUCGGCAAAACCACGAAAUCAAAUAUCCACUAAAAUGCCAAUUUUCCUCAAUCCACGAAAAUUGGUACCCACGAAAAUAAAUGAAUCCACAGUACAUGAAAAUUAGUAUCCACAGUGUUUGUUUUCAUCAUGCUACAUAUAUUGACUUCUUGCUAGUUUCCAAACCUAGUGUAACUUAUUUCAAGAGGCAUUGUAAAGGUUCAACAUUUAUAUUAGUUAAAUGGCCACAUUUGAUGGUCUGGAUGGGGUUUACAAAAUGGAGAAUAAAGGACCAAGAAAAUAUAGCAUAGACAAAAAAGGGCCAAAAAAUAAUAAAUAAAGAAUAAUGGGCUAAAAUAUAAAGAAUAGAGAAAAUAACAUAAACAUUUAAAAAUACAAAAAUAAAGGACACCAUCCGGACCCUCAUUUCUUGCUAGGUUCCAAACUUAUCUUAACUUUUUUCAUGAGGCAUUGUACAGGUUCAACACUAUAGUUUAAUUGUCACUUGUUGCUUAUUUCCAAAUCUAUUUUAAUUUUUUUCAUGAGGCAUUGCAAAGAUUCAAUGCUAUUAUUAUUUUCUAGUCCUGUAGAUAUCUGCAGCAAAUAUACUUGAAUGUGUACAAAUACUAAAGAAAUUUUUUUCUGAGUUUGCAAGUUGACCAAAAAAUCAAUAUUAUCCCUUUGUGUACUAACUACAUGUCCUAUUGAAACAAUAGCUAGUUUUUAUAAGCCAAUCAAAUCAUGGAACAAAAAAGUAUUUACAAAAAUAUCGAACUUAUGAAGAAAAUGGUGGGUUAAACCGGGGUUUAUAGCUAGCUUUAUAGGAAAAGGAUCAUUAAGAAUCCUGUUUAACCAGAUUAUUUGAAGAUUUACAAUAGCUAAUGUAGAAUCUAGAAUUCCUCGAGCACACUUAAUUUAUUGGAUGUAGUACACGCUAAAAUAAUUCAGCUGUAAAGGAUUUUCAAACAUAUCGUCUGUUUUCAUUAAUGAAAAAAAAAAGAUAUCUGAAAGGCUGUGACAUAGAUAGAUUGCUGUUUCAGAAUCUAAUGCAUACUGGGUAAUAUUUUCAAAAGCAUACACCAAAACGCUGUGAUUGGCUAACAACAUGCCAAACAAUUAAAGUUCAACCAAUGGUGUGACGUUAUAUUCAUUUUGGGGGUUUGAACAAGGAAAUUACCCAUGGCCCUUUUGGUUCUGAAAUGGUGAAUUCUUAUUGGAGGUUACCUGAACUUUUUAGGAGAACAAGAAAUAUUUUAUAAAUGUAUUUUAUAAUAAAUUACUUUUUAAUACAAUAUUUGACUAGGAGAAAGUUUUAAAUUUACCUUCUAAAAGUCAAUACUGUAAAUUCAGAAAUUAUUGUGUGCAUUUAUUAUUGCGAUUUUUGAAGAAUGGACAAAAAUGCAAGAUGAAUUAUUGCAAUUUCAGGAAAAUGUGCAUUAAGUUAUAUGGAUCAGAUAUCAGAAUUCGGGUUCUUCUUAUUGCGGUGCUCACCCAGUCGCAUUAUUUGCAUUAAUUAAAACCUCACAAUUAUUUCUGAAUUUACAGUAGAUUGAUAUUUGAAAUUUUUUAAACACUAGGCUGUCUAUCUUCUUUUAAACCAAGGAAGGAGACUGGCAAUAAAUGUAAUAAUGAUAUAAAAUGGCCAAACUAUAUAUUAAACAUUUGCCACUGUCUGUAAGUAAAUUUACGAUGUUGAAAAUUUUAAACAAUUGAUCUCAAAGAAACUUUUUCCAAAUGAUACAAUUCCUUAUUUUUAUUUUCACGGAGUUUAACUUACCGAUUUUUAGGACCAAACCUGUUUGUGAUGAUUUUAUUUCACGUUUUUCUCGCCGUCAGAUCCUGUGUUCAAGCUUUGCUCUGAGGGAUCUGAAAACACUCCAUUUUACUUCCUGUUCUGAUGUUUAUAAAAUCAACCUAUGAAAUUCCUACCUACAAUUUUUUGAAGGUGUGUAUAAUUAGGACAAAACUAGAGGAUCCCAAAAGGCCUUUUAAACAGAAAGUAGGACGGAGUGUUUUCAGAACCUUGUAAGCAAAGCUUGUAUUCUAAUCAGAUUGUUAUCAUCUUGAAUAGCAAAUUUCCUAGACAGGAUAUUUUGACGAUUUUAUCCUAAUGACAAAUUAAGCAAAAUGGAAAAUAAAUUUCUAGUGAAAAUUAUCUAAUUUUGUCUAAACAUGUUAUAUGACAUUAUGAAAAAAAAAAUUUCAGUUGAUGACUUCAAAUAUUUCUAGAGGAAACAAUUUUGCCCUGUAUUGAUGUACAAUAGGGAAAACCUUGUUAAUUUCCUGUUACAUUUCUUUGCUUCAGGAAUAUACUGUGGAUUCAUUAUUUUUCGUUGGAUACCAAUUUUCGUGGAUUUCGUGGGUAAAUGGGAACCACGAAUUUCAAUGUUCAGCGAAGUACAAAUUUGUUAUAGGCUUUUAUGCAGACUUGACAAAACCACGAAAUCAAGUAUACACGAAAAUACAAUUUUUCCUCAAUCCACGAAAAUUGAUACCCACGAAAAUAAAUGAAUCCACAGUAGGCAUUUUUUCAAAACAGAAAACAUUAUCUGAACCUAAUGCUUAGGAAUAAGUGUAAGACAGUGUGGUUUCCUAUUUCUUUUUUAUAUAUAAUUAUUCAGAGCUUAAAACAAGUAUACAAAAUUGUUAUUUUGCUUUCAGGUUUUAAAUAAUUUCUCUUAUUUUUAGCCGAUUUUUUAACAACAAAAUUGUUAACACAUGUUUGCCAUUUGAUGCUGUAGAUUUUCAAUUCCUGCAGUCUUUUCAAUGCAAUUUUAAUCAGUAACUUCUUAUCGGUAUGCAGAUGUAGCAUAUAUUCUCAUUGUAAACAGUUUUCUCUUUAAAAAAAAGAUGUUUUCUCUAUUAUAAAAGACUUGUGUUAUACAUUCUCAUUUUAAACAGUUUUCUCUAUAAAAAAAAGAAAGACUUGUUGAAAAGUAUGGCAAAAGUAUUCCAUUUUUUACUAUGUUUGUAUUUUUACACCAAAAAAUUAUCUAUGAUCACAAAUUACUUCCCUUUUAUCAACUGUAGAAGUCUAAAGAAAAAGGGGAGGUAAUCUAACACAAGUUGUUAAUUUUAAUUUUUGUGCCAAAUUAGUACUUAGUUAUGCUUUGUUAUUUAUAUAUUGUUUAUUUUUAUUAUUAUUUAACUUGACAUUUUUUACACGUUGUAAUACAAAUUGAUGGUGCUUUUUUCAUUAAUUUCAAUCAUAUUUCAUUGCAAUGUAUAUCUUAGGUGAUAAAUGUUAUUUAUUUUGUAUGAAUGAAAGGGCUUUUCCAGAAUUAGUUGAAUGGGGGUGGGGGGGUUAGGGGUAUCGGAAGGCACUUUUAUUAAAAUUUGAUGGGUGGUGGUUAUUUAAGAUGGAAAUGGGAGGGGGGGGGAGGUCGGAAGGUACUUUUAUUAAAAUUUGAUGGGUGGUGGUUAUUUUAGAUGGAUAGCCUUAACAAUUAUAUGAAAUAAUCAAAUGAAAUUUUAUGCAUGGCAGGGUUAAAUAAAACAUGCUUUCCGACCCCAUAACCCCUUUCCCAUACAUUUAUUUCUGGAAAACCCAUUAACAAGUUGUCUCCCUUAAUUAUAUUACACAUAUGGUAGAUUAAUGAGAAUUUUGUCCCUAAUGGUGAAAUAAUUGCAUAUAUUACCUCCCCUUGUUAGCUUGGUUGACUGCUAAAUAACUGACAAUUCAAUAUUCAGUCAGUUGUGGCUCUUGAAUGUUAGCUGGAUGAGACAUUUGAUUUUUUCUUUUCUAAGAACUGUUCUAAAAUUUAUCAUGGAAUGGGGGAUGGGAGGUUCUCAAAUUCAAUAAUUGUGGGUAGUUGUAUUUUUCUUAGAAUAAUGUAAAAGAAAAAUGUAAAAAUCAUAAUUUUACUUUAUAGGUGGUUGGGGUCUAACAAAAGUGCCUCCCAUGCCCCAUGUGUUUUAUUUUAGAACAUCCCCUAACAGGUCUAAAGUAUCAAAGGGAGGUAAUUGAUAAAUAAAAUAAAGAUAACUGACUUAUGAUAGUUAUCAUUUUCAUUUUAUACUCUUAGAUGUCUUACCAAAUAAUGUAAUUUAAUCAUGUUAAUUGUUAUGUUAUGUUGAAUGUACAGUUUUGUAUGUAUUGAUGUCUGAUUCCCAUAAACAGAUAAUGUUUCCUGCAAUAUAGAUUUUCUCACUUUCAAUCAGUAGAGCAUCUUGGUUUUAAAAACAGAUUUUGUUUUAAAGUUUUCAACCCUUUUGAAGAGAUUUUUAUUGGUCAUGAAAGUACCUACAUGAUGAUUCAGAUAAAAUUAUAUGUAGUUAUAAUAUUUACAGUGAUUUGGUUAGAUACAAAAACAUGUGAUUUCGAAACCAUUGGUUUUCACCGUGUAUGACAGAAUUUAUCUUAACAGAGUGAAUAUUUACGGAACGGAUGGUUGCAUUUUCUUUAGAAUUUUGUAAAAAUUUCAAGUAAAAUGAAAUUAUACAUUAUUGGGGUCUAAAAAAGGUACCUACCACCACUGUGAUUUGGUUAGAUAUAAAGACACGUGAUUCCGAAACCAUUGGCUGUUACCGUGUAUUACAGAAUUUUGGCUUAAUAGAGUGAAUAUAAACUGAACAUCCUUAUACUUACGUAUUGAACGGGUUAGUUAUGGUGGUAUUUUGUUUAUAUAAAGCUGGUUUAAUAUAGUGAUGAUUUUAUAACAAGCAGUCAUUGUUCAAGCUACUCAACUUAAAUACUUUGGAUUUGAUUGGUUAGAAAAGAUUUUAAAAAAAUUAAGAAAUCUACUUAUUUUUAUGAAAAUUAUGGUAUCUAAAAAUAGUUUUGUGUGAAGUUUCCUGCUUAAUUACAAUUAUUUAAGGAAUGACUGUAAUAUUUUUUCUGUCUAUUCGAAAUAACAUAAAAAAUGUGGUGCACACUGAAUAACCAGCGUAGCGGGUUAUUCAAAAGUGUGCACCACAGUUUUUAUGUUAUUUUGAAUAGACAGAAAAAAUAUUACAGUCAUUCCUUAUAAUUUAAUUCUAAAUUUCAUUUUUAAGGUGUAAAUUUUGAAAAAAACGUUGGUGACGUCCCGGUCACAUGACAAAAUUAUGUCUAUGAGCUGAUAGACAAAACACUUUCAACCAAUCAGAAGACGUGUUACAUCCAAAAUUAAAUUAUUGAAGGAUAAGGUUGGUUGAACAUGAAGUUUUUUUGUGAUUAAUAUUUUUCAUAAUGGCCGUUCCAGAUUUAAUCAUAUGAGUGGAUGGAUAAAGGCACUCAAAUUAAUAAAUUAUGGAGUGAUUGCAUUUUCUUUCAAAUUUUGUAAGAAUUUUAAGUAAAAUGAAAACUUUAUAUUAUUAGUGGUUUGGGUCUAAAAAAAGUGCCUCCACUAUGAGUUUAAAUCUGUAACAGCCCUAAUUAGUCACCGUAGAUUUGCUGUUUCAUUUGCCCAAUGUAUGCUUUUUUAUCCCUUUGUAUUUUUAUAAAAAUUUAAACAGAAGCUUUGCAUACAAGAAUAGAAAGUAGCAACUGUACAGGAAGGAUUUUCCAAUUAGAGGUUAGAGGUUAGAGGACAUGUUGGGGAAGUUUCAUUCCCAAGCAUGUUGAUUUAUAUAUUGUAAGAAAUGAAUGUAUACAUGUUAUAUAAAUAUUUUAUAUACUUGUUUCUGAUGAAGUGCCAUGGAAUUGUGUAAAAAAAAAUGAAGUUAACUUAAAAAAAAACCAUAAAUAUAAUCAGUUUUGUGUUGUGAUUGUACCUUUUGUAUUGCUACAUUGACUUAUCUUGACUGGACAUGGAUUUAAUAGUGAUGUAUGUUAGAGGGCAAGGAAAUGUCAUUUUUAAAGCAUAAACACUGCUAAACUAAUUUUACCAUCUUAGUAUUAAUGUAAAAAGUAAAAUAACAUAAAUAUCGAACUCCAAGCAAAAUUCAAAACGGAACAUUCCUAAUCAAAUGGCAAAAUCAAAAGCUCAAACACAUCAAACGAAUGGAUAACAACUGUCAUAUUCCUGACAUGGUACAGGCACUGGCAGUAUUUUGAAUUGAUAUCAUUCAAUUACAAAUUAAAAACGAAAUUUUAAUAAUUUUUUUUGAAAAGUUCUUGCUUUAAAUAUUCCUUUAAAAAAUGUUUAAGAUUUAUUAAAGGAGCAAUACUAAAAAUCAAUGGCUUUAGCCUAAGUUUCCCAAGGGAGACAAUUUUGGCACAAAUGUAUUCAUUUUUUAAGGGGAGAUAAUUAAUUUGGUGUUAUAAAGCUGAAAUGAAAUUCAUUUGACAAUUACUUUUCAUUACUAUUGAAAAAGCUAGAAUAAAGGAUCAGUACUCUUUUUUAUUUCCCUUUCUGAUAGCAAUUAGAUUGUACCACUAUUUUUGAUAAACUUGGCCUUUCAUUCACACACUUUACAUGAAGUCCUACAGACUCUUUUCAGUUUUUGAGUGAGUGGCUGCAGUUAUCCUUUCCUCCCCCCCCCCCCCCCCCCCCCCAUCCCUCCUCCUUUGAUCGGCAAAAAAAUCUUGUGUUUCUCAUGAUAUAUAUGUUUUUUAGCAAUUGUCCAAUUUUAUUUUAAAUAUUCUCUUUUCAAAAAUAUUGGAAUCGCCCCUGGUUAACAAAUCAAGAAACUCCUUCAAAAUAACUAUUUUACUAUAUAAUAUAAUUUAAGUAUUGAUAGAAGCAAGAAUUUACAUUUUCAAUGCUAACCCUUAGUAAAUGUUGUGACAUAAUUUUACUUAAAUAAGAAUUCUCAUAAAAAUCCUAAGAGUAAGAAAUCAGUGUGCUGUUGCCAAUGUGUAAAUUUGACCUUUUACUCGCACACUUAACACAAAAUCCUACAGACUUUAUUCAGUUUGUGAAUUAGUCAACAAAUUUCCUUCAAAAUAACCUUAAAUCCUUUAAUUUAUUACAUUGGUUGCUAUAAAAUACUGUGAUUUCCUAGCUAAAUAAAAACAUAUAAUUUCACAUGUGAAAUAAAUCUGAUAAUUUCACUCUUCUGGCGUCAUACAACAAUGGGUGUUGUUCCAACAGUGUCGAUGACUUUCCGUCAAAACUAAUACAGAAUGCCUGGAAAAAGAUAUAGUUCAAUGUAUUUUAUACUUUAUUUCCAUGUAAAAGCCCACGGUCAGUGUAAUAAAUAGAAUAUUCACAUUCGUGAAUUAACGUGUUGUUCGGUCACUUGUGAAAUAUUUUUCUAUUUUUUAAUUCUUGGAUAGUUAUAUUAUAAGUAUUAUUAAUUUAACUAAUGAUGGAAGAAAGUAUUUACAUUUUCAAUCCCAACCUUUUAUAAUAGAUGCAAUGUAAGACUUUUUUUUUGUGAUUAGAUGUGGGGAAUUGAUUAUUUAAUUUAGAAUUCUCAAAAAAAAAGUCAGAAAUCAGUGAAGCGUAUCAAUGUUACAUAAGUGCUAUUUAUAGUUAGUAAAUGUUGUAGAGUAUUAUUGAAUAGUUGUUGUGUUUUGUUUGUAAUUGCUCACCUUAUGAAGGAUAUUGUUACCAUGGUGAUCUGCUUAUCAUGUUUCAUGUGAUCACAGAAUAAAUAUAAACACCCAU